AUGAACAGCUAUAGGGACCUAGCGAACACCACCGUGGAUCAGAAGAAAUUUUUGGACGAAUGCAUUUUCAUCGUCAAGGAGCAGAGCUUUUACAUGAAGCAGGCACUGGAAAAUGGAUCCCUCCGGGACACGCUGAAGCACGCAUCGAACAUGCUAUGCGAACUGAGGACGUCGCAGCUAUCGCCCAAGUACUACUACGAACUGUACAUGCUGAUAUUCAACGAACUGCAGCACCUGGACACGUUCAUAAAUGACAAAAAAAAACAUAAAAAAAGAUUUAUUGACAUAUACGAGAGUGUCCAACAUGCAGGAAAUAUCAUUCCCAGACUUUACCUACUAAUUAUUGUGGGAAGAAAUUACAUAAAGAACAAAGACAUUAAGGCAAAGUAUAUCUUAAAAGAUAUGACGGAAUUGUGUAAGGGUAUUCAGCACCCACUGAGGGGGUUAUUCUUACGAUAUUUUCUAAUUCAAAUGUGCAAAGACAGAAUACCUGACACAGGAAGUGAGUACGAAGAAGCAGGUGGAGGUAACAUAGAUGAUGCGUUUGAAUUCCUUCUCUCAAACUUUAAUGAAAGUAUCAAAUUGUGGAGUCGAAUGAGUGAUAAGGUAGUCAAUAAAUUAGCCCCAGGACAGGAUGAACAAAUUAUACAUAAUAAUCGAAAUAAAAUUUUAAGAGAAAAAAUGGACGUAAAAAUGCUUGUGGGAUCCAAUCUCGUUCGUAUGUCCCAAUUAGAAGGAAUGACUAGGCAAUAUUAUAUUGAAAAAUGUCUUCCCAAAUUGUUACAAAAUUUGGCCACGAUUAACGACUCUCUUAUUCAGCAGUACAUCUUUGAAUCCAUUGUCCAAGUCUUUAGUGACGAAUGUCAUAUAUAUACUUUGGACAUUCUUUUAAAUGCCAUUUUGAAAAUAAAUAGUUCACUUGAUUUUAAGGGUAUCCUGAUUACUUUAUUGAAAAGAUUGAGAUCUUUUAUUGAGUCGAAUAAGUAUGAAGUUCCAAAGGAGGUCGAUAUUUUUUCUCUCUUUUAUGAGCACCUAGUUUUGUAUGUGAAUCGGACUUUAGAUGCAUAUGAGGGAGGGAAAGGCACUUACAGUUUGGCGUUCCAACAGGAGGGGCAGAAGCUUCCCUCCAGGGACACUUCUGUGGAGCAUUACAAGGGGGAGGAGCAGAGGAGGCGGGGCUCCCCGACGUGCGGCGCGACGACAUGCGGCACGACAGCGACAUGCGCCAAUGUGGUCACCGCCAACGCCGCCAGCACCGCCAACGCCGCUAACACAGCCAACGCCGCCAACACAGCCAACGCCGCCAGCAUCGGCAACGGCGCGCCAGCGAUGGGGACGCACCAGAUCAACGCGAACGACCUCGCGCCCAACUGCAAAAUUGUCAAAAGUGCAGAUGCGAAGAGCUACCCCGGGGAAGAGAAGCGAACGAUGAACGAAGCUACUUAUUAUGGAGGCGCGACGCACCAGGGAAGCACCAACAAAGCGGCCAAUUAUGGAAAGAUGCCUAGAGGUACCCACCGUCGUUACAGUAAUGAAGAAAAGAACCAAAGAAACGAUGAUGAUGAUGAAUCUGUGGAAAACGUAGUUAAAAUGCUGCAAGUUCUUUAUGAGUUCAUUUUUCUAUGCAUACGUAUAUACGACGAUGUAAUUACAAUCAGCAAGCUGUUUGAGCUUCCAUACACCAUAGCGGUAAAUGUAAAUCUCAACAAUGACGUACUGUGCGAACAGAUAAUUAAUAUCAUUGUGCUUCCCUUUAACUACUUGGGGCUGAGUGCUCUUAAGGGGAAGAAUAUGCAAGCACUGUUGGCCAGCGUAACAUCUCAGAAACAUAAAAAGAAACUCAGCCUGGACAUUAUUGACGCGAUUAUUGAGUGCAAGAAUAAGGCUAUCGUUUACCAGGACGUAGAGGAGAUCCUCAAUUAUAUUUCCCCCAUUUUUAACGAAGAUGUGAGGAGAAAAGCGGACUCCGCAGAUGAUGCACACCAACGAGAUUGCCUCCAACGAGGAGAGGCGCACCAGGCGGACUUGUUCAACCUAGAAAACAGCACCAUUACGUACGCGGCCAAAAAAAUGUGCAAAUUUUUUCACAUCAUAACGAAUACGGAUGAUAUUGACGGACGGUACAACAUCUGCAUGCUGUUUUAUAAGCACAUAGAAAAUGGCCCCUACUUGGUGCACCUCCUGCCGACCAUUGUAUUCACCAUGCUGGAGUUAGUAACGACCAUCACGAACCUGGUCCCCAACUCGGGGAGGAAGAGCCAGUCGCAGCACGACCAGCCCUUCGAGAAAAGGGAGCACCAUGAUGAGGACCUCACAGAUGAGCAUACACAUGAUGAGCAUACGCUUGAUGAGCACACCCAUGACGAGCAUACCCAUGACAAGCAUAAGCAUGAUGAGCAUACCCAUGACGAACAUAAGCAUGAUGAGCAUACGCAUGAUGGCCUCCACUUGCUACGUGGCAGCCGCCGUGACAGCCGCCGUGACAGCACCACCCGAAUGGACGGCUUCCCAGGGGGACACGCGGAGGAACCCUACAUGGAGAACCCCUACAUGGAGGACCCCUACUUGGAGGAAAAACUGAAGCAAUACAAUUUGUACGUAAAAAAUAUUUUAAAGUUUAUUCACACGAAUCUGCUCUGCGUGAGUAGCCAAAUUCCGAUGCUAGCACUGAAGCUUUUUCUGCACAGUGCCGUAGUGGUGAAUAACUAUGACCGCUUUGUCCAAGCUCAUCACUUUUUAUCCUUCGAUAACUUGGAAGCCAUCUGUUACGAAUUCAUAACACAGCCACUGAUUAUCUACGAGGAGGACAUAAACAUAUCCUCACAACAGUAUAGCUGUAUCAUUUGGAUAGCAGGUAUUUUGUGUUCCCAUAUUACUCUCCUGCAAAAUGAGAAUUACGAAAAUAUUGCACUCAAGUUAACACAGCAUGCAAAUAAGUUACUGAAAAAAAAGGAUCAAUGUUUGGGCAUCCUGGCAUGCUCUCAUAUUUAUUGGGAAAACACCAAGUAUAGAAAUAGUACCAAGGUGUUGGAGUGUCUCCAGAAGUGCAUUAAGAACGCAGAGAUUGCCGUGCAGUCAAAUAACGAUAACGUAAUUCUAUUCCUUUUUUUGUUGCAAAAGUAUGUCUACUACUACGAGGCAGAAAAUAUCGAAGUCACGGAGGACAGCGUGCAUUACCUGCUGCAUAUUUGCCAGGAGGAGUACUCCAGGGAAGGCUGCGACGCCAGUUUUAAGCAGGAGUUCUUGCAGAUCGUCAAGUACAUACACGACAAGAAGAACAGUUCCAACGCGUUCGCCAAAAUUGGCCUGGACGUCUCUCUUCUGCGCUAG